GGUAGUGUGGUGCCGUUAGUGAGGCUGACUGCUGCCGCCAGCACCACUGCUUCUCGCUGCCCGUGGGUGUAAACAAAAAGGGCGAGGGAAGCCGGAUAGAACCAUAUUGAGCCUUGACCCCACCCACCAGGCACUCACCAGCACCAUGGCAGCGACACUCAUCAAAAAGGGACUCGACCAACUCAAGAGUCCCGAAUUCAGAAAUUAUUUAAUGAGCACACAUUUCUGGGGUCCUGUAGCUAAUUGGGGCAUACCCCUUGCAGCCAUUGCUGACACCAGGAAGCCCCCAGAAUAUAUCAGUGGCAAGAUGACAGUUGCAUUGUGCCUUUAUUCUGCAAUCUUCAUGAGGUUUGCCAUAAAGGUUCAGCCUCGCAACCUGCUCCUAUUCGCCUGCCACGUCACCAAUGAGACAGCCCAGAUUGUACAGGGCUGUCGCUUGAUACACUACGAGUACCUGGGAGGGAAGGAUAUGGCAGCCAAGGCCAAGGUCGUAGAUGCCAAGGUUGCGUAAGCUGACUAAGUUCAAUGUUCAAGUCCUCAGUUAUACAGUUCAUUCUUGACACUGUUGUACCUGCAAACCAUAGAUAAAAUUGAGCUCAUGGCACAAGAUAGUACAGCCCAACAUUGCACAGAGGAAGAGCAGGUACACAACAUAGUAGAGACAAAAGGCGACAAACAUGUGUUCAGAAAUAAACUGAGCGAACUCUGUAAACUCAGGACUUGUCAUUAGCAGCUUGCUACAUUUGAACUUCCCUGGACCUAAAAUCUAUUUUUCAGAAUCCAUAGCUGUCAUUUUGAAGCAUACAUUGAGUGAACAAGAUGUAGUCAUUCAUUACAAUUAGUGCUGCAAAGUCUCACUCUAAUAGACUCUGGUGUUGUGGGCCAGCUUUCCUUUUCUUGUUUUAAAGGUGAACAGUUGAAUAAAAAUUCCAUAUAUAUAUAUGUUCCAUGCAGCAAAUGUGGACCAGUUGUGGCUUAAGAUCAGAGAUUUGUUGUGCCAUUGCCUGUUUUACCAAGCUGGACUUAAAAAAACAAAUGACAAAAGCCCACAGAAUUAAAGAUUAGGAGCUGCAGAAAAAAAUAAUAAAAGCAAGCAUGGCAAAAACACUUCACAAGAAUCAAACAUUUUUAGCAGCACAAUGAACUCUCAUGAAUGUAAGAUGAAGUGACAAGCCAACAAAUUCUGGAAUGUCAUUGCUCAUUUUGUGUAUAUGUGUGUGUGUGUGUGUGUGUGUGUGUGUGUGUGAAUUUUUGAGCUACAAUUAUGAGAGGUCGUAUAUUUUAGAAAGCUACUAUUAUUGUCUACCUAAAUUUGUAGAAACUAUCUUGUGUGGAGACACUGAGGGUCCUAGUGAUGUAAUACAGAUAGACUCAUUGUUGUAGGCUUCCAUAGGUGUAAAGAACAUUGUAUAUGAAUCAUAGUGGAUAGAUUGACUGGUGCAGAUUCAGACUGAGAAUCCUUUAUUCAAAAAUUUCUAAAUCCAGAAGAUUCUAGUACAUACCAACAUUCAAAUUUUACCAAUAUCAAUUUGACAAAAAAAGCAGUACAGAUUCUGUUAUUGUAUAUUAUCAAGAUGUCCAGUGGCUCAUUUAUUUAUUUAUUUACUUAUUUUUAUUUAUUUUUUUUAUUAUUAUUUUUUAUUUUAUUUAUUUAUUUUUAUUUUUAUUUAUUUUUAUUUUUUUCCAUGAUGAGUAGAAAUUUGCUUGUAUGUAUAUUGCAAGAUCUUCAGAAAAUUUGUCACCCUUCUGGUAUCACACAUUCUGGAUAAAAGAUUCUUGUCCUGUUUAUUGUAGAUCUAUCUAUAUAUUUGUAUAUAGUGCCUGAAAAAUUAGCAGUAAACAUAUCUUACUGCUGUGUAUUGUUAUAUAACCAAUAAUAUCUCUUGAUUAAGCAUGAUAAAGACCUGAACUUAUGCAUUAAGUGAUCCCUAAAAGGAGUAGCCUACAUAUCACAUGCUCUGCCCUGCAACACAAGUACUGCCACCUCAUCAGCUCCCCAGCACUGGUCUGUUAAAGUGAGGUUUCGCAGGAAUGUUUUUAACUGAGCACUCAGUUGUUAUCUGGAAAGUUUGUUUCAUUAUUUGUAAUAUUUUUUUAUGUUUUCAACAGUGAUCAUAUUUUUGAUAUAGUACGUACUAGUAAGGUGAUAUGUGACGUGUUGGUGUAAUGGUUUCCUGUAAAUAUUGAAACUUGCAUUUGUUAGUGCACAACCUUGUUGAAUAGAGUAUUUUACUGUUGUUAAUGUAAAGCACCAGUGAACAUGUAGUGUGAUUAUAGUGUAUAUUACAGCUAUAUGAUUCAGUAACAUUUGGGAAAGUAA